AGAAAACUCACUAAGACUUUGAAAACUGUAAGGUAAACACGCUAAAAACUAUAACGACGUGCCCAGCCAACACCUUGUAAAAAAGGUACGGCAAAAUCCUACUCACAGCUCGCGCCCUCAAGAAACUCUGGGACCUCCAACCCCAUCCCGGAAUCCUUUGCGCCGCGCACAAGGAAGCCCUGGAGCGCUUUGGCUGCUUCGGCCGCCGUAGGCUCUGCGUUGCUAGGGAAACACAGUUAUCAUCACGAUGUCGUUGCAACAGGCCCCUCCGUCGCGGGUGUUCGUGGAACUGGUUCCCUGGGCUGACCGCGGCCGGGAGAACAAUGUGGUCUCGGGCGGUGAGUCGCAGCCCGGCCUCCGCCGCCCCCUCUCCUCAUUUAUCAGGCAAACCAGUUCUUUCAGCAUACUCUGUCAUUCUGAUUUUAAUAAGUUCAGGUUUCUACCUGAUGUUUUAGAAUCACUGCAUUUAGUAGCCAAACCUUUAGUAAUCAUACUCUUGUACUUUCUGCUUCAGGCAGAAAAUGUAACGGUGACAAAGGAUUUUAGAAGAGUGGAAAAUGCUUAUCACAUGGAAGCAGAGGUCUGCAUUACAUUUACUGAAUUUGGAAAAAUGCAAAAUAUUUGUAACUUUCUUAUUGAAAAGUUAGAUAGCUCUGUUGUCAUCAGCCAACCCCAGUUCUAUCAUACUCCAGGUUCUGUUGAGAAUCUUCGACGAAAAGCCUGUCUUGUUGCUGUUGAGAACGCAUGGCGCAAAGCUCAAGAAGUCUGUAACCUUGUUGGCCAGACUCUAGGAAAACCUUUAUUAAUCAAAGAAGAAGAAACAAAAGAAUGGGAAGGCCAGAUAGAUGAUCUCCAGUCAUCAAGACUCUCAAGUUCAUUAACUGUACAACAAAAAAUCAAAAGUGCAACAAUACAUGCUGCUUCAAAAGUAUUUAUAACUUUUGAAGUAAAGGGGAAAGAGAAGAAAAGAAAAAACCUCUGAAAUUCCAACUAAAAUUUAUCGUGUUUGUAUCAUUUUAUUUUUAUACUUUUUAUGUUUGCUUUUGUCCUGAAAAUAUAUAUUGUAUAAUAUAUUAUUUCUCCCCAAAAUCUGUCAGUCUUUGAAUACAGUCUUACAGAUACCUAAGUUUACACUCUAUUUUUAAAAAUUUACUAUGGGAAAUACUCUGAAAAUAAAUGUGUUACAUGUGCACAAUUAUAUACUGACAGUAUAAGUAAUGUGUAAGAAAUUUUUAUAUUUCUACUACAGGAAUAAAUAUUGGCAGUCUUAUUAGCAUGAUUCUUAGCAUUAAUAGAAUGACGAGGAAUACAUAACUUUUGAUAAAAGGGUAGUGAGGUAUACUAGGAAAAUAUUUUGAUGCCACAAAUAAAAUAUAUGGCCAGAUGCUCUUCACCAGGCUCCUUUGAUUAUACCAGCACUCUCCAGUACAAAUAAAUGCAAGCCAUAUAUGUAAUUUAAAAUUACAUAGGAGACAAAUAAAUAGUAAAAAAAAAGUAAAAUAGAAAAUAAAAAAGCAGUUGAAACUAAGUUUAAUAAUAUUUUAUUUAAUCUAAUGUGUCCCACAUAAUAUCAUUUAACUAAGUUUAAUAAUAUUUUAUUUAAUCUAAUGUGUCCCACAUAAUAUCAUUUCAGCAUGUAAUCAAUAUUUUAAAAAUAAUUAAUGGAUAUUUAUAUUUUUUAUACUAAGUUUUCAAAAUCUGUACAUUUAGUAUCCUAACAAAUCCUAAUUCAGAUGCUAAAUUUUCAUCAGAAGUACUUAAUCUAUAUUUAUUUCCUACAAUGUAGUUGAAAAACUAGACUCAUAUAUGCAAGUUGUUCCAAAUAUGCUUAAAAGAGCUAAUAACUCUGCAUCAAGUAGCAAUUUCAGGUAGCAGUUUUCAAAUUAAAAGUUUUAAAAAUUAAAAAUUCAGUUCCUUGAUUGUACUGCCCACAUUUUAAGUACUUGAAAGUAGUUAAUGGCUACUAUGCUGGACAGUCCAGGGGUUACACUGAGAUAAUACUGACCCUUAAGGCUAUUUGAGAUGAAGCAGCAAGUACAUGGUUGCUGUUGCCCCGUACAUUAUCUGCAGGUGACCAUAAACCAAAGCUGUUACAUAGGAUAGGCUUCCCGUUCCCCACCACAGAGCGAUAGGUCCUAGGGUUUUUCCUCUGACCUAGCUCAAUACUCCUAAACCAGUAUUUCUUUCCUACAGCACACUCCAGUAUGUAGUUUACAUCCCCACCCACUUUUUAAAGUGGCACUGGAACAGUUUUAUCCAUCUCCUCUGUAGUGUGUCCUUGGCAGGAGGGAAUAUGAAAGCUAAGAAGUAAAGUUUUAGGAUCCGACACCCUGUGUUCAAAUCCGGACUUUACUACUAAAAUGUAAGAAUGAAGAUCGUAUCUUGUUCACAGCUGCAUUCUAAGACCCCGCUUAGUGUCAGGGACAACAAAGAGUGGGUUCUCAAAUAUCCGCUGAGCAAAUUUACCAGAUGUGUAAACUUAGCAAGCAAGGCACCUUCAUCUCUUUAAGCUUCUCUUUCCUCACCAAUAAAAUGAGGCUAAAUACCUCCCUUGCAGUGUUACUAUGAGGAUUAAAGUUGAUAAAUACAAGACCCCAAGAAUAAUGCCUGCCACACCAUAGCUGGCAGUCAAUAAACAGCAGCCAUGAUAGCAAUUGCGUUCUUUGAUUACUGUCAACCCAACUAAACUAAAAGUUGGCUCUUCCAAGUCUUCCAUUAAGAUGGAUUUUUAAAUAGUUAUAUUAAAAAUAUUAUCACAAAACCAGUUUAGGAUAUUUUUUUAUUUCCAAAAAAAAGAGCUAAAUAAAUUAUAUUGUAGCUUUUAUUUAUCCAGUUGGAUAGAAAAGUAUAUUGGGGCUGAAUAUCAAGAAAAAAAUUACUUAAUAAAAAUUUAAUUAUGUGGGUAGAUUUUUCUUAGCUGUAACUUCAUUAU